GCCCCUAGCACGUCCUCCGCCGCGCAGACACUCGGCGGAGCGCUGGGCGAGGUGGAGGUGAGGGCGGGCGCCGGCGAACUCGGAGAGGGGCUCGCUCGCUCGGGGCGAUCCCCGCCGCCGCCCCAACAGCAGCAGCAGCAGCCAGGAGCCAGCCAGCAACAGCAGCUUCCUUCCCCAAGCUCCCCUCGAGAGGCUGACCACAGCGGUUGUAGCUGCCGGGGGAGGCUCCCGCUAGGGAAACCCGGCGAGGGUAGGAGCUGCGCGGCCGCUUGCCACCAGAACCGUCGGUCGGUCAGUGCCUCCGCCCGCGUGUCUGUCCCAGGUGCCGGGAGACGUGUGUCAGUUUGCGCCUCUGAGAUCGCACAGCUGCCCGGGGGCCGUGUGAUGCCCACGGCAAGUCUUGGCUAUUCUUUUUGUUAUUUUUACGCUCGGCUUUGGGGAAAUAUAUCCGUGAUGUUGUAGGAUAAAGGAAAUGACACUUUGAGGAACUGAAGAAGACAUAGAUGCGUUUUGUCCUUAAGAGAGGAACCCUUUCCCGCUUCUCGGCUGGUUCCCUCUGCUGAUUUCAGGAGCGCUACCCUUCCUCUGGCGCGGACGGUAUUCCGGCCAGGAAAAAGGUGAAGGCGGGCCCUGGGGACCCAAGAGGAAAGCGCUGACCAUUAGAAACAUUUGCAGAAGAUAUUGGAAGGAAGAAAAGAAAAGACCAGAGAGGGAGGGGGAAACCCCCCCACCUCCGCAGACUUAAUUUUACAAGAAGCCUACAAAUCCAGCGCCUUCUCCAAAAUGGAUAUGUUUCCUCUCUCCUGGGUUUUCUUAGUACUCUACUUCUCUGGACACGAAGUGAGAGGCCAAGCAGACCCACCCUGUGGAGGUCGUUUGAAUUCCAAGGAUGCUGGCUACAUCACCUCCCCGGGUUACCCCCAGGAUUACCCCUCCCAUCAGAACUGCGAGUGGAUUGUUUAUGCCCCAGAACCCAACCAGAAGAUUGUCCUCAACUUCAACCCUCACUUCGAAAUCGAGAAGCACGACUGCAAGUAUGACUUCAUUGAGAUUCGGGACGGGGACAGUGAAUCCGCGGACCUCUUGGGGAAGCACUGUGGGAACAUCGCUCCGCCAACCAUCAUCUCCUCAGGCGCUGUGCUCUACAUCAAGUUCACCUCCGACUACGCCCGGCAGGGGGCAGGAUUCUCCUUGCGCUACGAGAUCUUCAAGACAGGCUCCGAAGAUUGCUCAAAGAACUUCACCAGCCCCAACGGGACCAUCGAGUCUCCUGGGUUCCCCGAAAAAUACCCACACAAUUUGGACUGCACCUUCACAAUCCUCGCCAAGCCCAAGAUGGAGAUCUUCCUCCAGUUUCUGACCUUUGACCUGGAGCAUGACCCUUUGCAGGUGGGAGAGGGAGACUGCAAGUACGACUGGCUGGACAUCUGGGAUGGCAUUCCACAUGUUGGGCCCCUGAUUGGCAAAUACUGUGGGACCAAGACGCCCUCCGAGCUCCGUUCCUCCACAGGGAUCCUCUCGCUGACCUUUCACACGGAUAUGGCAGUGGCCAAGGACGGCUUCUCUGCACGCUACUACCUGGUUCAGCAGGAGCCGCUCGAGAACUUUCAGUGUAAUGCCCCGCUGGGAAUGGAGUCUGGCCGGAUCGCCAAUGAACAGAUCAGCGCAUCUUCUACUUACACGGACGGGAGGUGGGCCCCUCAACAAAGCCGGCUUCACGGUGAUGAUAAUGGCUGGACCCCCAACUUGGACUCCAGCAAGGAGUAUCUUCAGGUGGACCUGCGCUUUCUGACCCUGGUCACGGCCAUCGCCACACAGGGGGCAAUUUCCAGGGAGACCCAGAAUGGGUACUACGUCAAGUCCUACAAGCUGGAAGUCAGUACCAACGGAGAAGACUGGAUGAUGUACCGGCAUGGCAAAAACCACAAGGUCUUCCAAGCCAACAACGAUGCCACCGAGGUGGUUCUGAACAAGCUCCACACGCCGCUGCUGACCAGGUUCGUCAGGAUCCGGCCCCAGACCUGGCACUCGGGCAUCGCUCUGCGCCUGGAGCUCUUUGGCUGCCGGGUCACAGACGCGCCCUGCUCCAACAUGCUGGGCAUGCUCUCGGGCCUCAUCCCCGACUCCCAGAUCUCCGCCUCCUCCACCCGCGAGUACCUGUGGAGCCCCAGUGCCGCCCGCCUGGUCAGCAGCCGCUCGGGCUGGUUUCCGCGGAACCCCCAGGCCCAGCCGGGGGAGGAGUGGCUUCAGGUGGACCUGGGAGCCCCCAAGAUGGUGAAGGGCGUCAUCAUCCAGGGAGCCCGCGGCGGGGACAGCAUCACUGCCGUGGAAGCCAGGGCCUUUGUGCGCAAGUUCAAAGUCUCCUACAGCCUAAACGGCAAGGACUGGGAAUACAUCCAAGACCCCAGGAUCCUGCAGCCAAAGCUGUUUGAAGGGAACAUGCACUACGACACCCCCGACAUCCGGCGGUUCGACCCGGUCCCGGCACAGUACGUGCGUGUGUACCCCGAGAGGUGGUCGCCGGCCGGCAUCGGGAUGCGGCUGGAGGUGCUGGGCUGUGACUGGACAGACUCAAGGCCCACCGUAGAGACGCUGGGACCCACCGUGAAGAGCGAAGAGACCACCACCCCGUAUCCCAUCGACGAAGAGGCCACGGAAUGUGGGGACAACUGCAGCUUUGAGGAUGACAAAGAUUUGCAGCUCCCUUCAGGAUUCAACUGCAACUUCGAUUUCCUUGAGGAGACCUGCGGUUGGAUAUACGACCAUGCCAAGUGGCUCAGGAGCACCUGGACGAGCAGCACCAGCCCAAAUGACCAGACAUUUCCAGAUGACAAGAAUUUCCUGCGGCUGCAGAAUGACGGCCGGAGAGAGGGCCAGUAUGCUCGGCUCAUCAGCCCGCCUGUCCACCUGGCCCGGAGCCCUGUGUGCAUGGAGUUUCAGUAUCAAACCGCAGGCAGCCGGGGAGUGACGCUGCAGGUGGUUCGGGAAGCCAGCCAAGAGAGCAAGCUCCUGUGGGUCAUCCACGGGGACCAGAGCAACGAGUGGAAGCAUGGGCGGAUCAUCCUGCCCAGCUACGACAUGGAGUAUCAGAUCGUGUUUGAGGGAAUGAUAGGAAAGGGGCGCCCCGGAGAGAUCGCCAUUGAUGACAUCCGGAUCAGCACCGAUGUCCCUCUGGAAAACUGCAUGGAACCCAUCUCAGCUUUUGCAGGGGGCACCCUCCUACCAGGGACCGAGCCCACAGUGGACACGGUGCCCAUGCAGCCCAUCCCAGCCUACUGGUAUUACGUAAUAGCCGCUGGGGGCGCCGUGCUGGUGCUGGUCUCCGUCGCGCUGGCCCUGGUCCUCCACUACCACCGGUUCCGCUAUGCGGCCAAGAAGACCGAUCACUCCAUCACCUACAAAACCUCCCACUACACCAACGGGGUCCCUCUGGCGGUGGAGCCCACCUUAACCAUUAAGCUAGAGCAAGAACGCGGCUCCCGCUGCUGAGGGCCGAAGCAAGGACAGCACCCAAAACAAACGAGAAAGACUGCAAACGCGUUGCCUCGAUUUUGCACUUUUUUCUCCUCGCCUAGUCUCUGUGUGGACUCUCAGACUUCUCUCUCCCGGGUGCCCAGACCCCGUGCGCCUGUAGCCAUCCCAGCCAUUUGCCAGGGGCUCUUUGGUUUUCCUCUUCUUCUUUGGGCGAUUCCAAACCAACACCACCCAACUCUAAUGCUGCAUCUGGGAUUGUGAUGAGAAGAGACGCCGCCCUAAGCGCUCCACCACUCACGGCUCAGCUGGUUCUGUUCCAGAGACUCGCCCCUUGAUUUUCUUCCCCUUGCCUUAUCCCAUACCUCCUCCCGGUGGGCAGUCUGCCAGGAGACUUGAUGGGAAACCUGGACCUGUGCGUCUGUACAUAGUAUGUGUUUGUGCGUGGGGGGUAGCGCUCUCUGAGUGGGUGCGUGAGUGUGAGAGAGAACGUGUAAUUCAUUGUGUGUGUGUGUGUGGUGUGUGUUGGGUGGAGUGUGAUUGUGGACCGUGAGGGCCCCCUGGAACUCUGUGUUCUUUCUCCUGGGGUACAUUUUACAAGAAAAUAAUAUGUUGUACUAGUUUUGUUUACUGGAGAAGAGAUUGAAGCUUUUUGUUGCCUUAUCCAGCUCUGGCUGGGUUUCUGUUGGCUGUCAUUGUCAUCUCCAGGGACCUGAAAAGUAAGAGGUCACACAGAAUGGAAUGUGGCGCUUCUUGUCCCCAUCCUCCCACCCACCACCCACCUGACCCAAGAGGAAGGUUCCCCCAAUGGACUCAGACAUGACCCUGUGUCGUGUCUCCUGGUGUCUUUGAGAUAAAAAGAUAACAGCCAUUGGGUGCAGACGGAGCCAGCUCUACUUCCAGCCCUAAAGCAGGUCGGUCUCCUGUUGCCUUAUAAAAGAGAGUCUCAUAAUGAAUGUUUAGCUUUUCUCAGUGAAGUCCAAUGUUGGAGUAAGUCGUAGAGAAUAACGAACCUGAAAGGGACAUAUACAAAGCAGUCAUGGAGUUAAGUAGAACCCAGACGGAGAGGAGGGAGGAGAAGGAGGGACUGAAUUGUCUCUUCAAAGUCUGCUCACCUCGGAGGCUCACCUUGGUGGGGCAGGAGGACGAGGGUGGGAGACUGGGUUCUUUGGUGUGGUACCGAUCCUCACCAUUGCCUUUGUACCACGUUCCUCUCAUGGUGUUCAUGUCUGUCUGAGUCUGCAGCCACUUAGAUAGAAAGCUGUCUACCCGACUCCACUGCCAUAGUCUGAGAAAAUAGAAAGUAAUCGCUUCUUUUCCGUGUACCCGCUUGCCUCCCCACCCCCACCUCCACCCCAAAAAGCAUUAGCGGCAUCGGUCAGAUUUGCCCAAGCAGACCGGCCUGCCCUCUGUGGGUGUUGCUUCAUCCUAAGAGCAGAAGGAUAAGGAAGAGAAAGCCGCUGCUUGUCCAGUUGUACUCUCUGAUCGACACAGGGAGAGGGGUGUCAGAGAGGAUGUGCCCGGUGACACUGUACACAGCAGGGAUUAAAUAAUGGAGUCGAUUGCAUUGGGAGGAGACGCGUGUUUUCACAAGAUUGUCCGUGUCCUGAGACUCAGCCCCCAGGGCGUUUGUUUCUCACGGUGCCUCCAGGACCCCACCUGGGAGGCAGAAGAUUCUCUCCAAAGAUAGUGGCUUGGGCUGGAAGCCUCCAGGUGCCAGCUGAGAACGAACGGUCGGUUUCGAGGAGUGGGGUGGGCUUUCUGGGAGAGAGAGAGGCUUAGCAUUCUUUGGCAUAGCCAGAGAAGUUCCCUGUGCACACACUCACUUUCACAUCUGGUUUGUUUCCUCCUCCUGAAAGAACGGUGCUCUCCCACUCUUGAUUCAAAGAGCCGCUCUGGCUCGGCCACAGCAGCCCUGCCAAGAAAAAGACGGAAGGCUAGCUAGCAGGGGCAACCCUGAGAUUUUGAGACGUGGCUGAGGACGCUGAGACAGAAGAUGGAGACGGGCCCGGGAGGGGGAAGGUGGGCAGCGGUUCGGGAUUCCAUGUGGCGACUUCCCUCACCAGGCCUCUAAGGGCCUUUUGUUCUCAGGUGUGCACAUGCCCACGUCCGGGUGUGUGUUUGGGACCAGGCAUCCCCUCAAAAUGAUUGGCAUCCCUGUAGCUGCCCCUGGAGGCCAGAGACAACACCUGGAAAAUCCAGGCAGUGUCGAAACUGGCGAGUUACCACAUACCCUCCAGUAUGUCCCCUUGUUACAAGAAGAGCAACAAUUCCUGUGACCUGGCUGCAUCUCUAUCGGCUACCCCAUGUGGGGAACACGCAUCAUCUUUAUAUCCAUGCCAUCGCUGAGCAUACGGGAGCUCAUAACUUGUGACUCCCAUGCUGCCCUGUAACUGGGGAUUUCUUGCUCUUUCCCGCGCCCUUGGAUCUCACCUCUUGUCUCUCCUCCCCUUUCCUUCUUCUCUUUCCCCUUCUCUCCUUCUCGCUUGCCUUCUCUACCCAACUCACUCCUGGCUGUCUUUCCACUCAGUAGCCUUCAUAAGAUUAGCCACGUACGAUGCUAAAAGGGCAGGUCUGGAGAAAUGCCAUGCCUUGCACCUUUGAAGAGCAAAAUCCCCAUAGUUCAUGGAGAGAGGGAAGGGUCGCUCUCUUUCCAGAGAAAAAAUUAACCUGGAAAGGUGAAUGCAUGCGUGCAUGUGGUCAGUUUCUACUCAGAAGACAGAAAUGCGAUAGCAACUAUCCGUAUACCAAUGGGUGCAUGACUGAGCGAAUCCAAGGACUUGAUGGGGCGGGGAAAGCGUCUUGCCUUAGUAGAGGUUUCACGGCCACACCUUCAGGAGGGAGCCGGUGUCUGGUAUAACACUCUCUUCCUUGAUAGACUACUAGCCAUCAUUACCACCUCCUGAGUGGCUAAGGAGGAAAGGGGGUGGGGGAGUAUUCCUAGCAUUGCCAUUGACACCCCAUGAUGUUGGAAACAGAAUGGUCCUUUCCCUUGUCCAACACUUUGGAGAUUAAAGCCAGAAUUGAAUGGGAAAUCUAGCGCUGUGUGUAAGGUCGAUUCGAUGCCCAUCUUUGAAAAGACUUUGUCUUUACAAUGAAACAAACAGGCAAACAAACCCCUAAAUCAUCAAAAAUUACCAAAGAACAACAACAAAAGGAAAAAAAAAAUCAAGAUUUUUGCUUCCUAUCCUGUCCCACCCACCACCAUCCCCUUCGCCUUGUAACUGUGACACCCGUCUCUGCGUUGCUCAGUUGCCUGUGUGUCAAAAUAACGUGUGGCCGUUGGAAACGAUUUGAAACUGUAUUGUGUGGAAUGUAAUAAAAUGAUGAUAUUUUUAUA